CCGCAACGAUAGUUCACUAAUUAUAAAAUAGAGAAGGAUAGGGAUGCGAUAAAUAAACAAAACUUACACGGAAGAUUACGAUAAGAGGCAAAAGAAAAUAAGAAUUAAGAGAAGAAAAGGAUAGGGUUGCACUUCCAAAACUUAAAGGGACGUUUGAGCAGUUGGAGUACUCCGGCGUGCGCAUUGCGCAAGUCACACGCAUCUGACGCAUCGGUGUGCCGGUGUGCGCGUGUCACGUACGCGAAAUCCUUCGCUCGUAGCCACACGCGUAGUAAUUGCGCGCAUUAACACGACACGCGGCCGCAGCCAUACCAUCGAGAUCGAGGUGGUGAUCGUUCAGGGUGAGUCCCGUUGCACCACGCGAUAACAGAGGUGGGUGCUCUCUCUCUCUUGGAGAAGAGAGUCGCGAACGCGGUGCGCAUAUUUCCGACCCGCGAGAGACGUAACGAAUCGUGUCGUCGGUUGUGACCUGGCGUCGCGACUCGUUCUACGUUCGAAUCGGCGAUCCUUCUGGUUCAAGAGGAGGCGGCGACUAGGGUAAAAAAUCGCGUACAUCUCGCGAGAGGACAUGCCGGACAGCGGGGCCGUCUACCAACCGACCACCGUCGGCUACACGUACGACAGCGGUGGCGACGGCAGCGGUGGUGGUGGUGGCGGCGGCGCCGCCGGGCUGAGGCACGGCUUUUGGCGCAUCGUAUCCAGGCACAAGCUCAAUUCCAGGAAAUGGUUGGAGUGGACGCUGCUGUCGGUCGCACUAUGCUUCUUCGUCGCUGGCCUCACGACCAUGCUCGUCAACCUCGUCUCCGCAGAGGAGGAGUCUUCGAAGACGAGUGACGAUGUUGCAUCGGAGAUAAAGCCAGAAGAACAUUCAACGACGGCUCCAGAUGUACAGCAACAUGAAAAUACAGGAAAGAGUUCUGUGGCGUUAGGUGCCGGGAUAAUGCUAAUCGGUGUAUUGCUUGGCUUUGUUUGGACAUGGCUCACUUUCUUUCAUCAUAGCAAAUCACCAAGGAACGGCAUGACGAGUAGCAGUGGUCAGAUGUUGGGCGGUUUGAAUCCAUCGACUGACUUGCUGGUGGGUUCCACUUCGCAGUACGGGCCAGUACUCACAGAGGUGCCAAGCCAGCUGAAGAUAAAGCAAGCCAAUUCGCAUGACAUGCCGGCCAUACCGCUUUCCGACCAAGAGGAGGAAAUGCACACGCUAAUGCAGGACCCUGCGAGCCCGCCGUCGGUUUCCGUUGGAUCUAACGCCAUCACUAAUCAAAUUCCAGGUUGAGUAAAACGAUUGCUCCCAUGUGUGUACAAGCGCGUAUAUAAUAUGGACAAAAAAUUUCGUUUUAUAAAUUUUCUAACACGUUCCAAGAGAUUUAUUAUCACUGCGAUUUUGCAAUCCUCUGUUUCAUUUAAAACUCGAAACAACUGUCGUCCUUCUCUGAUUUUCAAGUCGUGGCAUUCUGUUCCGGUCUACAAUAGGUAACCCCUUUAGCAUUUUGCUCUAAGCUUCGAGUUGCGAUGUUAAUUUGCUCUAAGCUCUAUUUAAAGCUUAGGGAUUAAACAGCGUCGGGAAUACUUUUUGUUGUAAAAAAAACGUUAUGGUUUACAACUUAGAACAAAAAUGCUUACUACUAUCUAUUAUAAAUUGGGGCUUAUACUGUCAUUGAAGUCAUUUGACGUUGAUCUUGUGAUUGAAAAAAUUUUAUUUUAUUUUUUAAA